UCCACAUCACUAAGUGGGCCAGGUGAAAAAAAACCGAGUACCAGUGAAUCUCAUCAACUUCAGCCUUGUUUACUCUUCCCUUUCUUUCCUUUUUCCUUUUCAUUGGUGCGAUCCUCUGUCUCUGACUAUACCUUUGACAUUUCUCAUUCUAUUUAUUUAUUACUCCAAAUCACUAAUUAAUUAAUAAAUAUUCCUUUAAACUUAAUUAAAAUAAAUUAAGUCACAAACAAAAUAAUGAGACAUUUGAAAUAGGGCGGUGAUGCCCCGAAAUGAGUCGGUCCAACACUAUUACACCAAUCUUCUCCUUACUCUAUAUAUACCCCAAAUAUUAACUACUCAAUCCUUUACAAUUAAGAUUCCUCCCUUCACUUCUCCAUACAUUUUCUUCCCUUUAUUCUCUCCUUCAUUUGUUAUUAUUAUCGUUCUACAUUAUACUCUUAUAUAAAAGUCUCAUUUCAUUUCAUUCUAUCGCGUUCUUGAAUUGAAUUGAAUUUCAUUUCAUUAACAUUUACGUACGAUAAUAUUAAUUCAUUAUAACAUACAUGAUGGAUUCAUUCAAGUUGUACACAAUAGUGGUGGUAAUUGUGAUGAGUGGUGAGUAUGUGUCGGGUACCACGUUUACAUUUGUAAACAAAUGUGAUUAUACUGUUUGGCCGGGGAUACUAGCAGGAGCUAGUAGCCCCAAGUUAGAUAGUACGGGGUUCGAGCUCCAGAACGGUGGGACUCGAACCUUUCAGGCUCCAUCGGGGUGGUCAGGUCGGUUUUGGGGCCGGACUAACUGUAACUUCAAUGGCGCAGGUCAAGGCACCUGCGCCACAGGAGACUGCGGGUCCGGAACCAUAGAGUGUAAUGGCAGCGGGGCUACACCGCCCGCCACCCUAGCGGAAUUCACCCUAAACGGAAGCGGCGGGCAGGACUUUUACGACGUAAGCCUAGUCGACGGCUACAACCUCCCUAUGAUCGUGGAAUCAAACGGAGGCUCAGGCGGGUGUCAAACAACGGGGUGUUUAGUGGACCUAAACAAGCGGUGCCCGAACGAGCUUAUGGCGGAAGGUGGCGGCGCGUGUAAGAGUGCGUGUGAGGCGUUCGGAACACCGGAAUAUUGUUGUAGCGGGGAGUUUGGAACGCCUGACAAGUGUAAACCAUCAAUGUAUUCAGAGGCAUUUAAAAGCGCGUGUCCAAGAGCAUAUAGUUACGCAUAUGAUGAUGCAAGUAGCACGUUCACUUGCAGUGGUGGUGAUUAUACCAUCACCUUCUGUCCCUCUUCUCCAAGUCAAAAAUCGUCAAUGGGCACUCCAACAAGUAACAUGGGAGCAACAGGGGGACCCGGGACCGAGGCUGGACCUGUGGCCGGGUCCGUUACUAGUUCGGGCACGGACACGGAUACGGGUACGGGUACAAAUACGGGAACGGGUUCAUUGAUGGCGGAUGGGUCAUGGUUUGCCGGCUUAGCCUCUGGAGACUCUUCAAAUACAAGACAUCCUAACUUUGGAUUACAAUUAGCAUUGCUAUUCAUUGUCAUCACAUCUUUGGCCACCUCUCUAUUUAACUUGUAGUUUCUCUCAAGAAAGAGAGAAAAGGUUGAGGAGAUCAUCUAAUAGUUAGUUCAUUCAAACGCCUUCGACACGGAAAUAUUAUUCUUUUAAUAUUUGGGCGAAUGACAACACGCUAACUUAGUUAGUAAAGUCUUCGAAAAAUAUAUGGGGUUCAAUUUCAUUUGGGAUUUCUCCCAUACUCUUUUUGAUUCAUUGAGAAAUGACAAAAUUAGCAAGAUGAUGGUAUAAUCGACACAAGGUAGAUUUCCCGUGACACACUACUACAAAAAUGGCCAAAGAGAACGAUUAGAGCUGCGGUGAUUUUAGCUAAUAGACGGAGAUGCCACUACAUAUUUAAAUUUUUUUUUAGGGUAUGUAGUUGUUAAAUAUUUAGGCUAUCAUUGUAAAAAGUUUAAUUUGUUUCUUUUUUUUUUUUUUUUAUCUCAUUUGAGAAAUUUUUAGUAGAUCCCAUUUUACAGCCUAUUGAUUCGUCCAAGAUGAGAUGCUUUAGGAGGAAGAAAAGUGAGGAUGUUAAAAGAAAAGAUAGAUCCAUUUUGAGAUAUGUACGAUUGCUCCCCAUUGUUUGUUUUUAACUUAUGAAAAGUGUAGUUGAACAAUAAUAUAAAGGAUGUUGAUCCUUUUCUCAAUGUCAAUUUGAUUUUUAUAGCUAUCUUUAGUGUAAAUGGAAAAUCGAACUUUGUAAUA